CUGAUAGAUAGGCAUACACUUCAGAAUUCAGUUUACAAGUUCAAUCAGUUCCACGAUGAGAUGCGCUCGGAUGAUGUUGCCUCUUCGCCUGCUGAUGCUGUUUGUUUUUUGGGCGCAUGGUCAAAGGAUUUGGCGCAACUAUGGUCCGCUGUACGAGUCCACAAAGUUGCUAAUUGAAGCUGAAAGCCUGAAGGCCUCGGAGACUUGGAAUAGGACACAGGAAAGUAUCCAUAAACAUACGCAUCGACUAAUUCUGGCCAAGGAUGCACUGGACAACAAACAGCUUCAGGCCAGUGCCCGUAUAUCAAAAUUCUUUGGUAACGAUUACACCGAAGAAUGGAGAAUCUGCUCUAAGAAAUACGAGCUCCAAGUGGCUCACUUCAACAGGGAGCUGCUGGACAAGUACAGCAUCUGCCGGAACUCCUUGGACAGUAUUAUGGAUCACUUUGAGCAAGAUGUUGUGGUGGAGGGCAGUUUUUUGAACACAGCUUCCCAGGAGAUCGAAAAGCUAUCAAAAACCUGUCAGAUAUGGCAGCUAAAACAGGCCGGCUUUAAUCACGCCGGAGUUCUUCUGUGCACAGUGUCAGGAAUCGGAAGAAUCAAUCAGCGAAUAACCACUAGCCUUGAUCUUUGCGAUGCUAUAUUGCUGGAAAUGUCCAUGGAGGACUUGGACACUCCCAGCUGUCUUUUCUAUUAUGACAUUAAAAUGCAGUUCGACGAGGUAUUUUUCCAGAUUGAAUCCUGUGCUUUGGCCUAAAAGGAAUAGUAAGAAAUAAAUGCAAUUUGCUUAAUUCAA